AUGUCUGAAGUAAUUUAUAAGGCUACAACAGUCAUCGUCAUGCACUGGGGGGAGGGUGAGUAUGGAGGAGGUAGACAGAAGAAGACCUCAGGCACUCUGCAUCUUGUCAACGUAACACUGGAGGACGAUGGGAUUUACAUCUGUGUUACACACAAUCAUUUACUGAACAUCAGCAAGAAGAGCAAUCCAGCUAAACUAACUGUGCAGGGGGUCCCUCACAGGCUGCAGAUCGUCCAGGGCCCUGACAACAUCACGGUUGCUGUGGGAACAGAGGUCUCCAUGCACUGUGCUGUCCGUGGCUUCCCUGUUCCCAUGGUGCACUGGUUCAAAGACGGCUGCCUGCUGUCGAACUGCUCGUCCUCGUUCAGCCUCCAGAACAAUGGACAGCUGCUCACAUUCAGGAACGUGACCAGGCAGGACGAGGGCUCGUAUCACUGUGAAGCUUCAAACCAGAACGAGUCCAUCAAGUCUCAGCCGGCCUUCCUGCUUCCAGCUGAGAUGGACUGGAGUUUUGUCCAGCAGCCUGUGAACCUGACGGUGAGAAGAGGAGAAAAUGUUACAGUCACCUGCAGGCCUCCACACAGCAAACCAGCAGCUCAGGUGUCCUGGUUCAAAAACAACCAGCUUCACUCUCCAACAGCUCAUGUGACUGUGCUGCCCAGUGGAGACCUCUUCUUCAAAAGCGUGCAGGAGUACGACAGUGGGAGCUACUUCUGCAGGGCCUCCAACAUCCACCUGCAGAGAUUUCUCACCUCUAGAAGAGCAACCCUGACUGUGCUGGCCCCUCCAUCAGUGAAACUGUGGCCCCAGGUGUUGACGGUGCCUGUGGGGGCCCGGGUGGUGCUGGAGUGUCAGGUGUCAGGUCACCCUCUCCCCUCCAUCAGCUGGGUGAAGAGAGGUCACAGCAAGCAGACCGGAGGCAGGAUCGUUUUGGGGCUGAGAAACGCCACUCUCUACAUCCACUCCGCCCGGAGCUACGAUGAGGGCGUGUACGUGUGCGAGGCCUCCAACUCUCUGGGCCACAGCCGCAGCACAGCCAUGCUCAGAGUUGCUGUGAGUCCUAUCAUAGUGACCUUUGUGGGUCAGGUGAGCUGCAGGAUCGGGGCUUCACUGGUCCUGCCCUGCAGAGCUGUGGGGAUUCUGCCCAUCACAUACAGCUGGACCAGAGGCAGAGCAGAGAGACAGUCCCCCAUCAGUCCCACUGAGGACAGACACAUUGAUGAAGACGGAGCUCUGCACAUUUCCAGCGUGAAGGUUUCUGAUGUGGGGGAAUAUUACUGCACCGCUGAGAACCGAGCUGGACGACAUCAGAGACGAAGCAUCCUCUCUGUCACAGCUGAACACCGUCCAGCUGAUAGAGACAAGCAGACAAGACUGAGUUUGUCUGCUAGCACUGACACUUAUAAAGGGCAGCCUGUUUCUCAGUCCAGUGAGUCUACAGCUGAGAAACACCUCGAGACAACACAUCAUCUGCACAUACAGGCGCAGCAGAAGGAGGCCACAUGCUCCUUGUCCCACUGUGAUGCAACAACAAGCGGAGCUCCCACUUUUCCUUCAUUUUCAGUGGCAGAGCUCAAGAUGUCCCCACAGUCACUUGGCCGUCUUCUACAGAGUCAGCCGACGACCAGCCCGACCCAGCUGUUGAUCUCCACACCCAGCUGCCUCUGA